UCUUCACAUCAUUAGAGACAUCCACCACUUCACUCGCUGGCCCGAGAUUGAGAAAAAGCUACGAGAAUGAACGUCGGCUGCCUCGCAACUUGGCUCCCGCAUUGAAGCAUGCAUGCCUACGCCGUCAGAACUACCCCAAGAGAUACCAAAGGCUUGUUACUAGAAGAGAAGGUGGUUCACAGGAAUAGUUUGCCUAGCUCUCGUUCUUCGUUCAUGGAGGUGGUGUUAUGGUCGAUCCGGCGAGAGGCUCACAAAAGGAAGACAGGAGACAUUGUAAGACCAAGGCAACAAAGCGUUGUGUGACGUGGUGAAAGGAUGAUCAAGAAAAUCGAAUUUGUGGAUUUAUCAAAAGAGUUCACUUGCGCUAGGCCCUUUAUACAACCUUCCCGAUAUUCACCAAACAAUUGUGGAUAUCAUAAUCCGCCUACAGUGUAUUUGACCCACCUUCUCGAGGACGCAUGGCCAACCAAGCCGUUCCAUAAGCUUCCCAGCAAACAUCGCUCUUCUGGCACAGAUAAGACAGAAACUUUCUACCGAGGUACAAAUAGCAGUCACGAUGCAGAACGACCGUCACGCUCGUCAAGCCGCGCUUCAUAUCAGGGCGAGGAAGAUAGCGAAGACACGUCAUGCAACUUGCCUAUUAGUUCACUACCUUUCCGCAUUAUCUACUCAGCUGCAACCCUUAGUAUGCCUAAUCCGGAACGCAAUCGGUAUUCUAAUAAAGAGUCGGCGAAGGUAAACGCAGGUCUCGAGUGCGGUAGUGGCGCAAUCUCGGGCUGCAUACCUAAGGAGUCAAACGCCAUGCUGACAACGAACACUCCUGCCCUCAAUAUUGAUUUUGGUCAGCUCAUGGUAUCCUCGAUAACUCCAGAACCCAGACUUGACACUAAAGAGCAGGUCCAUUGCAUGCUUCAUCCACCCCCUUAUGCUUUUGUUCACGGUGUAUUGUCAAUACAGUGGGUUCGAGGCGCAGUUGGUGAGGAUCACUUUGUCUUCCGCGAGAGCGAUGAGCGAUACGUACUGUCCCGGGCCUCGCAAUUGAGGUUGCGUGGUGCGGCGUUGGGGAUUCCCAUGUUGUAUAUGGAAUGGCUUUGCGGGAACAGCGAAGCCGUUAGUUCCACUGAGGCGGGCAUGUAUCUAACGCCUGAGCUCUUUGAAGAGAUCCAGCGAGAGGAGCUGGAUAUUCAAGUUUAUCCCGAGUAAUAGCCGGCCAGCAUCGCACUAAAGAGAACAGGGACUCGGUACAUCACCUACAACUACCUCUUCAUGCAUAACUUCUUUCCUCGGGUGUUCUAAUCACGCAGUAGCUGAUGCUGGGAGUCAUAUCUAGUGGUCUGCCUCUCUGUGUGAAUGUUUGUAUGCAAAGGCUCUCUUCGCUUUUCCUAUCUGCCAUCAUCAACUUGGAUCUGUCAUGUCACCUCAGUACUUCAUCGUAUGAUUUCGUCGGACUUUCUGAUUACCCCAUACUAUGUCCUUCUCCCCGGUGAAUAUAAUUUGCUUUAUGCUGUAAAGACAAUGAAAGUCUUCGACGUAUCUUCUGUUCUCUCCUCUAUGCCCUUUG